AUGGAAAAAGGCAAUGAUUCUAAUGUUCAAGUUCAAUUUGAAUGGUCAACACAAAAUAUAUCCAAUACACUCAAUGUUCAUCAUGGUAUCACCACAAGAGUCCUAGGCACUCGUCAAGAACAUGUUGCUUAUAAUUGGAAAACCCCAGGAUGUCCUUUUUUUAUUCGAUAUCAACCCCAAAACUAUCAAUUUGCCCUUCUCCUGAAUGCAACUGAAUUGAUUCGUAUACCAUUGGAUUUCAGCCUCAUCAAUAUCUCUGGUUUACAAUGUCAAAAUAAAAUUAAUCAUCAUCAUCAUCACUCUGCCCAAUCAAAUAAAACAAAACAUCACUAA